CAAUACUAAAGCUGCCACAGCCCAAUAAAUGAGUAACAGUGUUUGACCAGCUGUAGGGAAAGAAGAGGGAUACAGUGGACAGGUCCUCAGAUGCUCUAGUGGAAGUAGUGACAGAAAAGCUUUCUUUUCUUGCCACAAACUAACCAACUUUUUAUUAACACUACAUAAACACCUUGACAAAGAAACAGACAGACCACCAGCUGGUCUGUACAACAAAGACGGAGUUCAUUGUGAGGUGUGAAAAAGGAUAAAACUCCAGUAAUGUUGAAGAAACCUACCCUGAGAUUGAAAAUGCCAUGGUGAGAGAGUGCAUGGCUGAGUUCUUGGGAACUUUUGUCUUACUGCUGUUUGGCUGUUCUGCUGCAGCUCAAGUGAAGACAAGCAGAGACACUAAAGGUCAGUUCCUGUCAGUCAACAUGGCCUUCUCUGUGGGUGUGAUGUCGGCUAUGUACCUCACCAAGGGCAUCUCAGGUGCUCAUCUGAACCCAGCAGUGACUAUGAGUUUCUGUGUGUUGGGCCGGGUGCCCUGGGGCCGGCUGGUGCCCUACAGCCUCUCCCAGCUGCUGGGGGCUUAUAUGGCAUCAGGCCUCGUCUACCUGGUGUACUAUGAUGCCAUAAUGGAGUUUAGUGGAGGAGUAUUGACUGUUUAUGGUCAAAAUGAGACAGCUUCCAUAUUCGCCACAUAUCCAUCUGAGUACAUCACUUUGGGCAGAAGUUUCCUUGACCAGGUAGUGGGUACAAGCAUGCUCAUGUUGUGCAUCCUGGCUUUGGACGAAAAGAGGAAUACACCUGCUCCCUCAGAGCUGAUUCCCCCAAUAGUAGCUGUGAUCGUCCUGGGGAUCUCCAUGUCAAUGUCUGCUAACUGUGGUGCUGCAAUCAAUCCAGCUCGAGACCUAGGGCCGCGACUCUUUACGCUGACUGCAGGCUGGGGAACUGAGGUCUUCACGUGUUACAACUACUGGUUCUGGGUACCGCUGGUGGCCCCACCUAUUGGAGGUGUCUUAGGAUCUUUGAUGUAUUUGGUCUUUAUCGACUGGCACCUCCCUGAACCAGACCCUCCUGAGAGUCUCUCCACUCUUUCCACCAUCAGUGAUAAAAUUCAGCAGCCAAGAAUCACAUGGGACAAUGGAGAAGAGUUAAAGGCUGCAUAUUUCUAAGUGUUGCUGUAAAUAUUUCCUACAUGACAGCGCUGCUUUUUCAGCUGUUGAGACGCACAAAAACAUCCUAUGAUGUACUGUAAAUAACAGGAAUUUCUUAUUUAUACACUAAAUACUCUACAUCAGACUUCUUUGACACAGCCAGACAAAGGCAGUGGAGGAGAUAUUGAUUGUGAUAAAGCUGCUUACAUUGAUGUCAGUAUUAUUGAAAAUCUGGAUAUUUUUUUCUGUUAAAUUCUAUAACUAAGUUGUAUUUACUUCCAUUAAGCUUGAGCAUAUGUUGAGCUGAUGUCAUUUAUUUUUUUAUUUAAAAAAACAACAAAACAAUUAUACACUGUGUCUCUUGUAAUAAUUGGUUUGAGUGGUUAUUAAUGUAUUAUUACACUGUACUCAUGAUGCAGGUUGUCCUUAUUAUGUUGUAGUUUCUUUUUAUUUCACACCAAACCAAAACUUU